GAGAGAAUCAUGACUGAACCUUCCCAUGCUAUUUUUUUGCUAGCUGGUGGGCUUGGAAAUUUGGAAUUUGGAAUAUCUGUCCAGCCGUCAUCUCCUCUCGGUCUCUUGCUGUUACUUACUCUCUUUGGAGUUUUCAGCCUUUUUUCUUGUUCGGAAAAUCUAACCCUUUUCAGCAGCUGUUCUACGCACUUUCACCUUAAACCUCCACGUUCAUUUAUUUUCCCUCUGCACCUCAGCUUCUCCAUAAAAAAGCUUGAUGGUUCCUUUUCUUGAACUCCAUUCUUUUAGAUUUUUGUCAUAGAUAUUCUAAUUUAAAGAAUCAUUCUUUGCUUUUACGGUUUUUCUCACCUACCUUCUUGGGGUCUUCCUGAGGAAGAAUUUACAGAAUCUCAUGGCAGUACAUGUGAUUCAUACAUACAUACAUAUAUAAUAUGUCUUCUAAAUAUAGCAGCAAUUCAAUGCCCAGCUGGGUUUGAUGAACCUUGAUCAAAUCCCUUAUUGAUAUAUCAUAUUUUAAACCGUGUUUUCUCCUAGUUGACUUUUAAAUUGCGUACAAUCCAAGUACUCUUUCAUUCUUUACACAUUUCUUCAGAUUUCCUUUUAAAAUUUUUCUCUUUGCCGUUUUCUUCCUGGAACAUCUCUUUUGUUCUGUUAGAUUCUUCUUCCGAUUGGGAGAGAUAAAAGGGUGCCUUCGUGUUUUCUUUGAUUGCUGCUUUGUUGAAUAGAUUAUGAACUUAUCAUAAAAGAGAGAACGAAAGAAAGAAGGAAAGCAGGGAAGGGUGAUCAGAACCAUUUCUACAAUCGUCAUAGCUGCUUUUGAGCGAAUUGGUGUCUAAGUUGAUUUGGGUCUCGUCUGCUUCAACCAUUUCUGCAAGUUCGGGAUUUGUUUAGGAUAAGCACUACACAUUAUGGGUUGGCUUAGCAAAAUUUUUAAAGGCUCAGGACACAAAGAUUCAGAAGAGCAUUUCCAUGCAAACUAUGGUGGAGAUUCAAAUUAUUAUGCACCUGCUAGUUCAGGGUGGGGAGAGAGCCAGAAUGAAGAUAUGGAUCGUGCUAUUGCACUUUCUCUGUCUGAAGAAAGUCAAAAGGGAAAAAAUGUGAUUGAUCGUGAUUCUCAAUUGAAGGAUGAUGAACAACUUGCUCAAGCUAUACAAGAGAGCCUAAAUGCGGAGUCUCCUCGAUACGAAUACGGAAAUGCAUAUCAACCUGCCCCUGUUUACUUCCCUCCGGGGUUAAGUAGGGUUUGUGCCGGUUGCUAUGCUGAGAUCGGUUAUGGACAAUAUCUGAAUUGCCUGAAUGCAGUUUGGCAUCCCCAAUGCUUCCGGUGCCAUGCUUGCAACCUACCGAUAUCUGAUUAUGAGUUCUCUACGUCUGGGAAUAAACCAUACCAUAAAUCUUGCCACAAGGAGAAUCACCACCCUAAAUGUGAUGUUUGCAAGAAAUUUAUUCCAACAAACCCUGCUGGUCUAAUUGAAUAUAGGGCACAUCCAUUUUGGGUCCAAAAAUACUGCCCUUAUCAUGAACAUGAUGGCACUCCUCGGUGUUGCAGCUGUGAGCGAAUGGAGCCGCGAGACACAACAUACGUUGCCCUUAACGAUGGUCGGAAGCUCUGUCUGGAGUGUCUGGACUCUGCAAUUAUGGAUUCCAAUGAAUGCCUACCCCUAUAUGCUGAUAUACAACAGUUUUAUGAAGGUUUACAUAUGAAAGUGGAGCAGCAUGUUCCAUUACUCUUGGUUGAAAGACAAGCACUAAAUGAAGCAAGAGAAGGAGAAAAGAAUGGCCAUUAUCACGUGCCUGAGACCAGAGGACUCUGCCUUUCUGAGGAGCAAACUAUCAGCACCGUUUCAAGGCGACCAAGGAUUGGGGCAGGAAAUCGAGCGAUGAAUAUGAUAACAGAGCCCUUCAAACUACGUCGUCAUUGUGAAGUCACUGCAAUUCUCAUAUUGUAUGGUCUUCCAAGGUUGCUUACUGGAUCAAUUUUGGCGCAUGAGAUGAUGCAUGCAUGGCUGCGUCUCAAAGGUUACCCGAGUCUCAGUCAAGAUGUUGAGGAAGGUAUCUGUCAGGUUCUAGCUCACAUGUGGUUGGAUUCCAAGCUCAAGUCUGGAUCAGUCUGCAAUCUUGCAUCAGCCUCAUCAUCUUCAUCUGCACCAAAAAGGGACAUGAUAUCUCAAUCUGAAAGAACGCUCGGGGAGUUCGUUAAACAUCAGAUCGAGUCAGACGGUUCACCAGUGUAUGGAGAAGGAUUCAGAGCCGGCCAAUGGGCAGUGGGUAAAUACGGUCUUCAGGAGACCCUUAACCAUAUAUGGAGGACAGGGAGCUUUCCUCAUUGAAGUCUGGCUCCCCAGAUUUCUAUUUGUGCUUUUUUUUAUUUUCACUGAGCUUAAAGGUUGGCCUUUCCAUAUGAGAUACAAAUGUCAAAGCGUGUAGAAUCAACUCUGUAGAAUAUUUUUUUGAAAAAAUCUCAUUUUUUGUAAAGAAUAAACUAAUUGAUUAGUCAUUAUCAAUAUUAUCUUCCAGCCUCCA